GCUGGCGUCCACUUCCGAACAGGUCUCCCGUCUUUGCUUGGGGUGGGCCUCCGCACGUCCUCAAGCACCUAGAGUGACUCAGAACGCGUCCUUCCUUUCGUUUUCUACUUCCAAGUUCUGAACAUCCACCUCCGUUGCUUAUCCUCGCACAAGUACUCGGAGCACUCGGUUUCCUCUUUCUUUUCUUUCUCUUCCCCCCCCCUCCGCUUCUGGCACAUGUCGGCGACCGCCUCGGCCUCCUCCCCAACAUCCUCAAAUGCAGGCCCAAGCAGGCCAAACCUUGAUAGCAAUGAACAGAACAGUGUCGUGAUCAAGGUCGGCAUGCUUGGGGACUCGCAAAUAGGGAAGACGAGUCUCAUGGUGAAAUACGUCGAGGGGCACUUUGAUGAGGACUACAUCCAGACGUUAGGCGUCAACUUUAUGGAGAAGACCAUCACUGUGCGACGAACAUCCAUCACUUUCUCGCUCUGGGAUCUUGGCGGGCAGCGAGAGUUCGUGAACAUGUUGCCACUAGUGUGCAAUGAUGCCGUUGCGAUCCUCUUCAUGUUUGAUCUAUCGCGCAAGUCGACGUUGAACUCGGUGAAGGAGUGGUAUCGGCAAGCGAGGGGUUUCAAUAAGACUGCGAUACCCUUCCUGAUCGGUACCAAGUUCGACACCUUCUCAACAUUUCCGAGAGACGAGCAAGAAGAGAUCACUAAGCAGGCGAAACGCUUCGCAAAGGCGAUGCACGCCUCACUGAUCUUCUGCUCGACGUCGGCAUCGAUAAAUGUGCAGAAGAUUUUCAAGAUCGUGCUGGCGAAGGCGUUCGACCUGAAAUGCGUCAUCCCAGAAAUCGACGGCGUGGGCGAGCCGGUACUAAUGUACGUCGACGUAUAGUGUUGGAAGGAGACGGUGUCCAGAGUUCAGGGCGUGGACUGGGUUCGAGCGGGAAGCGCAAAAGAAUCAGGUGCGUGCGGUGUCCAUCGUACACUCCUAC